GUAAGCAUAAAAUAAUGAUGAUAAUUAGACACAAAAAAAGUAGUGCUCGAAUAUGCAUUUUACCACAUUUGGGGUAAUAAUCAAAACAUAAAAAGAGUAGCAAACACAAAGCAACGCGCACUGGCCAAGAUUUAGAGCCCGUUUGAAUGGCUUAUGCUUAUAAACUGUGUAAAAUAAGAAAUAAGUUGAUAGUCUAACCUUUUUUUUUUUCUUAUAAGCUGUUUUACAUAACUUAAGUUAAUUAUUUUGGGCAAACAGUAUAUGCCAAUCGAAACGGGCUCUUAGAAGCAAUCACAGAGCAAUCUGAGGAUGAUUAAGGGAGUGAUCUUGAUGAACGAUAAGGGCAAACCCCGUCUUGUUAAAUUCUAUGAUUAUCAUCCCGCUGAGAAGCAGCAAGAGUUGAUUCGAAGACUAUAUGCAGUUUUAAGCAGUAGAGCAGAAAAUGUAAGCAACUUCGUCAAGGUUGACUCCCUUUUUGGAUCAGAUGCUCGACUUGUGUACAAGACUUAUGCCACACUACAUAUUUUAUUCAUAUUUGACAGCUCAGAGAAUGAGCUUGCUAUGCUUGAUCUCAUGCAAGUUUUUGUGGAGACAAUGGACAAGUGUUUCAGCAAUGUGCGUGAACUUGAUAUAGUAUUCAACUUUAAUAAGGUGCAUGCUAUAUUAGAUGAGAUCAUUUUGGGAGGUCAAGUUCUUGAGACAAGUUCCUCAGAAGUGGUCAAGGCAGUUGAAGAAAUCUCUAAGAUGGAAAGGGCUGCAAAUUCAAUCAUGGCAGUUCCAUCAAUAACUGGCUGGCAAAGUCGAUAGCACAUGUUGACUAUGGUAAGUUCUGUAGGACAAUUCAGAUCAUUUUUCAGCCCGUAAUGAUUGAACAGUGCUACCAAAAUUGGUCAAUGAGCUGGGCACUGUAUUUGUCAACCAAGUUGUUGAACCAUUACUUUUUGGUGCUUGAAAUUUCUGCACAAGUGUGUUCGGAGAGCUACAGUGCUUGCAAAUUGAACUAUUCAUCUUUUCUGUGUAGAGUUGUGACGUUCCAAGUUUUAUCCCAUUUGGAGGAAUGAGGAAAAAUAAAAGUUACUUUGAAGUGAAUAUAAGAAAGUGUACAAGUGCUUCGUUAUUAUGAUAUUUCCUUUCAACUAGUUGUACUUAUUACAUUGUGUUUGACUGCAAGCUUUCAGCAUAUCAGAAACUGCAACUAUACAUGAAAAUGAGACUUUUGGGGCA